AUGUUUCACCAAAACCUUUACAUACACAGAGACUUAUAUGCAAAUGAGGCAUUGGCUCUCCGAAGCCACCGCUUUGUGACAACCGUCCACCGUCUUCCUCCUCCUAACAUGCUCCAUCUCCUCCUUGUCUCCUCCGCCUCCGCCGAAGACGAUUCCACCAGCAUGCCCUCUUCCUCCUCCGCCUCUAGAUCCGCCGCUAAUCACAGCUCCAGCUCCUCUUCCCUCCAUCCCUGCAAGCAUUCCCCGUCGGCGACUCUCGACAUCCUAAUCCUAAUCCUCGUCCUCUUCUCCGGCGCUUUCCUCCUCUCCUCCUACUUCUCCUACCUUAUCCACUCCUUAUCCCUCCUCUCCUCUCAUUUCCCCUCAAUCGCCCUCUCUUUCUCCUCCCUCCUCCCUCUGAGCUUCUUCUUCUCCGAUCACGAUUCCGACGAUGAGGUUUCCUCCGGAAUCUCUCCGGCGUCGUUCUUCUUCGUCUUCGGGGUCUUCUUCGCGGCGUCGAUUGCGUUCCUCGACCUAUGCUGCGGGUCGAGAUCGAGGAAGUGCCGUAACCCAAAAUGCAAAGGGUUGAAGAAGGCGAUGGAGUUUGAUUUGCAGCUGCAGACGGAGGAAUGCGUCAAAUCGGGAUCGGCGAAGGAGAUUGAUUGGUUGCCGUGGAAAGGAGGCAGCGAGAGCAAUCCUGAUUACGAGUGUUUGAGAGCUGAGCUGAGGAAGAUGGCUCCGCCUAAUGGUCGAGCUGUAUUGCUUUUCCGAUCAAGGUGUGGUUGUCCCAUUGCUAAGCUCGAAGGCUGGGGACCUAAGAGAAGCCGGCGUCAUAAAAAUUGUAAUGAUGAAUGGAAUUGUCAAUUUGUGCUCAACUGGAUAAUGAGGUGUCAAAAGGUUCAAGCUUUAGGAUCAGAUUUAGAGUAUGAAGUUGAGUCAAUUGCAAAGAAGGCGGGAAAUAUCGCCGGCAAAAUUAGCUGUAAAGGGAUGUGUAGACAAUCGCUGAUCCAGAAACUCUCCAAUUAUCACAUUAAAGUGUUGCAGUUGCAGAGGACGAGAGAUAAGUAUAUAAAACCUCGAGCUGUAGGUUUUAGCAUUUUGCUCUCAUGGUCUCUUAUGAUCAAAUCGAUUCAUUAUCUCUGGUCUCGUCGCUGUCGGGUCUUUUCGCCUCAGCAGGCGAGAUGUUUCUCCGCUUCGGUCACGCGGAGGGAUCAACAAACCACGGCGGCUCCGAGUCCGACCGGUUUCGAUUUCUCCGGCGGAGAGAGUCCCGACACUGAGCGAGCACUCGUCUCAGCUCUUGGAUCGUGCGCCUCCACUAAAGACGUCGCUUGUGGCCGACAAAUCCAUUGCCGCGUCUUGAAAUCCGGUUUUGAUUCUAAUGGAUUCAUCUGCAAUAGCGUCCUCAACAUGUACGCCAAAUGCCGUAUCGUGGCCGAUGCGGAAUCUGUUUUCCGGUCACACGCGAAGCUUGAUUCUGCUUCGUUCAAUAUUAUGGUCGAUGCGUAUGUUAGAUCUCGUCGACUUGAGGACGCGCUUAAGUUGUUCGACGUUAUGCCUGAGAGAAGCUGCGUCUCGUAUACUAAUUUGAUAAAGGGUUACGCUCAAAACGAUCGGUGGAGUGAAGCCAUGGAGCUUUUCAGAGAGAUGAGAAACUGGGGAAUUAUGCUAAAUGAAGUGACUUUAGCCACUGUUAUAUCCGCUUGUUCACAUUUGGGCGGGAUUUGGGAUUGCAGGAUGUUGCAGAGUUUGGCAGUGAAGCUGAAUCUUGACGAUCGGGUUUUUGUUUCGACGAAUUUGCUGCAUAUGUACUGUGUCUGCUCAUGUUUGAAGGAUGCUCGGAAGCUGUUCGAUGAAAUGCGUGAGAGAAAUCUAGUAACUUGGAACGUGAUGUUAAACGGGUACGCAAAAGCUGGACUUAUUGAACAGGCUAAGGAAUUGUUUGAUCAGAUUACUGAGAAAGAUAUUGUCUCGUGGGGCACCAUGAUCGAUGGGUGUCUCCGAAAGAAUCAGCUCGACGAAGCUCUGGUUUUCUACACCGAGAUUCUGCGCCGUGGAAUGAAGCCUAGUGAAGUUAUGAUGGUGGACCUUCUCUCUGCGUCAGCUCGAUCAGCAGGCGGUUCCAAGGGUCUGCAACUUCACGGUACCAUCGUGAAGACGGGUUUCGAUCGUUACGAUUUCAUACAAGCAACGAUCAUACAUUUCUACGCCGUCUCUAAUAGCAUGAACCUCGCUCUUCAACAGUUUGAAGCGAGCGUCAAGGACCACAUCGCGUCGAGAAACGCGUUGAUCGCUGGAUUUGCGAAGAAUGGAAUGGUUGAGCAGGCAAGGGAAGUGUUUGAUCAGACUCGUGAUAAAGAUAACUUUUCAUGGAACGCUAUGAUUUCGGGUUACGCACAGAGUCGUUCGCCUCAGUUAGCUCUGCAUCUCUUCCGCGAAAUGAUCAGUAGUAGCCUCACAAAACCAGAUGCGAUCACAAUGGUGAGUGUUUUCUCUGCAAUUUCGUCGUUAGGAUCGUUGUUAGAAGGGAAGAGAGCGCACGAGUAUCUAAACCGUAGCUCAAUUCCUCCCAACGACAAUCUAACCGCUGCUAUAAUCGACAUGUACGCCAAAUGCGGAAGCAUCGAAACCGCCCUAAACGUUUUCCUCCAAACAAGGAACAUUACUUCUUCAACAAUCUCUCCCUGGAACGCUAUCAUUUGCGGUGGAAACGAGUGA